AUGAUUGGAGGACGUGGAGGGUGGUGCCUUAUAGCGUCAAAUGCCGCCGAGGACUUGCAUCUCCAUGGGCUCGGUGCUGACCGAGGGGCCGGGCUGGCUGCGCAACUGGCGGCUGUUGUCGAAAGUCCAGCGCGUGAUGAAAUGCUCCGGCCGGCGCCGCGAGCUCGGGAGCACAGUGGUUACGGCGCUAGUAGCCUCCGUGCAGUUGCUCCCGUAAGAGGCUGUGGACAAACC